CAUGCACAGAUAUAGAGAUGUACACAUUUGUAACUGAAACAAUUCACACAAUGCUCUGCUGAUUCCGUGAAUUCCUAAACACCCAAUUUUGUUUUCUCUCUCUCUCGACCCGUUUCUCUCCAGAAUCUUCCAUGUUGAUUGCACCUUUUUCUGCCUCAAUGGCCUUAAAAACCCUUUGCCCUGUUUUGGGUCUUUGAAGGAUCUCCUGUAUGGGUGAUCUCCAAGUGUGGUGUGGGUGCCAAAACGGCGUUGCGAUGGAGGAUGACCAGUUCUUUUCGUGUAAUUCACUGCCAAUGGCUUCUUCAAAUCCUGAUCCUUCAUCAAUCUGCAAGAAUUGUUGGGCUGUAGCUGAAGAAACGACGCAAGAGGUGGUGAAUCGUAUCCACCCCACUUUGGACUCUGAGGAAAAGAGGAAGGACGUGAUUGAUUAUGUUCAGAGACUCGUCAGAACUUCUCUUGUUUGUGAGGUUUUCCCUUAUGGAUCAGUUCCACUGAAGACCUACCUUCCUGAUGGAGAUAUUGAUUUGACGACCCUUAGCAGUCCAAAUAUUGAGGAACGUUUGGCCUUUGAUGUUCUUGCUGUUCUGCGGGCAGAAGAACUGAAUGAAAAUGCCGAGUAUGAAGUAAAGGAUACCCAAUUCAUUGAUGCUGAGAAGAAUAUUAGUUUUUUGGUUAUCCCUCCUCUUCUUAUUCUUCUCCUCUCUUCGUUGCCAAAGAAAAUUGGGUUUGUCUCCUUCGAUGGCGAUGGCGAUGGCAAUGGCAAUGGCCUUUGCCUUCGCCUUCGCCUUCGCCUCCUCUCUCAAUCUCUCUAUUUUCUCGCAGGGCGGAAUUCCAAGUACUACAAUGUAUCCAAUUCUGAUCUAAACUCUUUAGGAUUGUCGCUGACUCGUGUUAAGCUUGUGAAAUGCCUUGUACAGAAUAUUGUGAUAGAUAUAUCCUUCAAUCAACUAGGAGGACUUUGUACACUUUGUUUUCUUGAACAGGUUGAUCGCCUUGUUGGAAAAAAUCAUCUCUUCAAACGUAGCAUCAUUCUGAUAAAAGCUUGGUGCUAUUAUGAAAGCCGUAUUCUUGGUGCCCAUCAUGGUUUAAUUUCUACCUAUGCUUUGGAGACAUUGGUCCUAUAUAUAUUCAACCUGUUCCACUCAUCCUUAGAUGGCCCACUAGCGGUCCUUUAUCGAUUCUUGGACUAUUUUAGCAAAUUUGAUUGGGAGGACUAUUGUAUCAGUUUGAAUGGGCCAGUUCUCAAGUCAUCCUUGUCUGAUAUAGCAGUUGAGUUACCAGUGAAGGGACAGGAUGAUUUGAUGCUCAGUGAAGAAUUUCAAAGAAAUUGUCUAGACAUGUACUCAGUUCCAUCCAGGGGGCUUGAUACUAGCUUGCGAUCAUUUUCUCAAAAGCAUCUUAAUAUAAUUGAUCCGCUGAAAGAAAAUAACAACCUUGGGCGCAGUGUCAACAGAGGCAAUUUCUAUCGUAUACGUAGUGCUUUCAAAUAUGGGGCUCGCAAGCUUGGUAAAAUCCUUCUGUUACCAGGAGAAAGAAUUGCAGGUGAAAUCAAGAUGUUCUUUGCAAACACCCUGGAGAGGCAUGGAUGUAAAGAUGGUGCUGAUAUACAGAGUUCUGCACUGCCAUUUGGUGUGAAAUGGUCCAGCAAUUUGUCCUCAUCAUCCCAUGCUGAAACACUAUCUGAGGAUGAAAUGCAGCCAAAAUCAUCAAAUGACGAUUUUUCUGAUAAUAAUUUAGGGGUAGAACACAAAUGCACUUCAGUACUAAUAAAUGGGCUAGACAGAUGCUUGACUAGACUAGAUCGUUCACAGAUAAUGUCAGAAUCCAGUUGUUCGACAGAUGGGACUGCUGUCUCAGGAUGUCGCGGUGCUGGGGAUGCAAAUGGCCUUGCAACACCCAGGCCUCUGAGUUUGAGAAGCUCAAAUGACACAACUGACUGCUCACCAAUAAGUAGCAAUUUUAAUAGUUCUCUUUCUGGGCAAUUUUACGAUGCAUCUCAUUUCUACUUCUCCAGAGUGUCCACAGAAAAUGGAAACUUUGAAAAUGGGAUCCUCUGCCAGAAAAGGCCAUCAGAUUUCGUUGAUGAGAAGAUGGGUUAUCAUUCAUGGAUGGAACAGGGAGAGAACCAUUUAGAGGCCAGCCACACAGUCUGUUCAUGUGCAAACAAUCAUGAAGGUCUGAGCUCUAGUGGGUCGGCAAUCUCAAGUCUUGACAUUAACAGCUUAGAGAGUCUAUCUCUUGAUUUUAGGGAAAUGGGCUUAGGUGGCGACAUGGAAACUUUGAAUCCCUUAGCAGACCUCAGUGGGGAUCAUGAUAGUCACAUUAGGAGUCUUCUGUACGGUCAAAGUUGUCAUGGAUAUGCUUUAUCUGCUGCACCUGGGAUGCCCAGUCCUCCCACAUCGCCCUCUCAGUUCAGCAACAAGAGGCCUUUGGAUACUGUCCGACAAACCAGGCCACUCAAGCAGAAUUCAUGUUUGAGCACAGAUAGAGUGGCCUUGGGACCACCUGUUUAUCCUGCUAACAAAUCAACACUGUUCAAUGCUACUUUUGGUUCCAUUGAAAAACAUACAGAACGAGGAACUGGCACAUAUUUGCCCACUAUGAACUUAUUUUCAGGCAGGGAGAGAUCCUCACAAGGGAAGAGAAGAUAUCGUGCAACAGGAACUCACAGUCAAGUGCGGAGACACACCCAUAUCAAUGGUGUGGCUCCUGCUUUGCCCGAAAAGAAUUCAAUUCAAGUAGACAGUCAAGAUAUUUCAUGUGUCAGGUCCCCGGUUCAAGGUCAUGGGAAGUCUGGUUUAUCCCACCAGUCUCAUCAGUCCAAUGUGGGCAAUACUCAUGCCAAUGGCUUCUCCAAUUUAGCUUUGAGAAUUGAAUUUGGAUCUCUUGGACAGCUAGCCGAUGGAAACAGUCAGCUGUCUUCAGGCACUUCUCAAGCUUGGGCUUCUACAUCAAACCCUGUGGUACCAGAAGUGCAGACUUCCAAACCAGUGCUGAAAAAAAAAGAAGAAAGGUAGCAAGUUUUUUUUUAACAUUGCUUCAGUAUUUUGUGGGUAACAAAGAAUGUAUUUGGCUAUUCGACAUUUCUUCCUUGCUAACAUCUAAAGUUAUGUACAUGGUUUGGGUUUUCAGGGUUGCCGAGGGAUCCUAUUACCU